CCUUUAAACAACAUUAUAUAUCACACACACUGCAUGCUAAUGCCACCGAGUCUCAAUGAGCACUAAAACACAUCUUAAAAUUAGCUCAUUCUGCUGUCUCAGUUCAAAUGCCUGACUAGGCAACAGAGGGAACAUAUCAUCAGAAUUUCCCCUUUGGCGAUACCUGCUGAUUGGGUCCCAAAAAAAGCUGCGGCUUUUAACUUUUAAUAUUUGGCUCCUGAGUGCUGCCACGAGUAGUCGCGAAAGAUAGAUUCUCCCUCAGCCUUUAUUUGGGAGGGAAGAGAUAAAAGCAAAUAUAGCAGGAACUUUUAUAUACAUAUAUAUCUGAAGUUACAACCUUAGUGCGCAUAUGAGCGCGCAUGUAGGCUUUCUGCUGGAGAAGUUUUGCGAAACUUUAAGGAUGAUAUACCUGGGAUGUUUCCUGUUGCUCUGUGGGCUCACGCAUGUCAUGGCAAGUUAUCCCAUCUGGUGGUAAGUUUCUUUUAUUUUCGUUUUAUUCAGUACAAAUGUUGACAUGUGUUUUUGUGUUUUAUAAAUGUUAACAAGAAGCUGCCCAGUUGUUCGUGUCGGUGUCAGUCUCUCUGGUGGUAUUUUGGUUCCAGACUGCAGCGGUGCGUUCAGGUGCUCUGUCGGUAAAAUGUUUAAACUUUGAUUUUAAGAUGUUACCUGUGUGUGUAAACUCUCUCAGAUCCAAAUAAAGCAUAUAUAACCGGGCACGUGUUGACUAACAUAAGGAGGGAGUUCAAGCAUUUGAGUAAAUUGCGUUAAUUUCAAAACUAGUCAGCAGACAGAGACUCAGACUACCUGAACAAAAACCUGAUAUAUCCCGAGUAUAAGUCUGAAUUGUAUUGCAAUGAAUGCAAAACGCCUUUGAGCAAAAUUUCAUAUGGAGAGUGCAGCAGGUGCAAAGUUGUGUGCUUACAAGUGAGUUUGUUUGUGCGCGUGCGUCCACUCGUGCGCUUAUCUGAGGGUCAAAUGAUGUUGAAUGAGUAUGAACUCUUGCCCAGGGUAAGCUCGGGUCAAGAUUAAUGCCGAGGACAAACCGGGAGAGUUAAUGGAUUAAUACUGUAAAUGUAUUACACAUUUUAACUGUUGCUGCUGUCAUAAGAAUAAUCUGGACAACAUUUAAAAUGAAAUUAUUACACUUUUAUGAUCUGUAUUCUGACAUUUUUUUAUUUAAAACAUAAAUAGGGAUUACUAAAUCCACCCAUGUCUGAUGUAUGAAAGCAGUGUUUGCUAUGACACAUACUGAUAUUUUAAUCCCAGAUGGAUUUGUUUCAAUAACUUUCUGAAGUGUUUUGAAAAAUCCAAACUUGCAACACCUUGGAACAUCCAGAAAACUACUGAGACUACUGCCUUUCUUAAUUUCCUUCUCUUUUCAACAAGCUGAACCUGUAGUUAUUAAAGCUGCAGUUGCCUUUUAACACUUUAUUAAGAAGAAGUGGCUUCAAUGGCACGUUUUUGCAGAUUUUUGUCUCUUAGGUUGUUUUUCUGUCUCUUCUUUCAGUCACGAUUAUUCCUCACCCAUCAGCUGCAAACAUCUAAAUCUUUCAGCACAAAAUGAAUUGCUGUUCUAUAAUAAAUUCUUCCUUAUCUGGAGUUACUUAGGUGGUGUGUGCACUCUUAUCUACUUCCCUUAAUGGGUCCCCCGUUGGUAAUACUGAUGAGAAACUUAUUACACGCACAGCUGGAAGGAAAUCCUGAUAUAACAGUGGGCUGUUUUGAGCCAAGAGGAGGGAAAAACUUACCCAGAUCAGUACAUGCCUGAAUCCAAAGCAGUGUGGAUGCUACCAUGUCCAGCAUGUUUUCAGAAACUAUCAGCUGAUAUGAACAUUUUUUUAACAGUAUUUGGUUGCUGCCAGCGUGUGCAGUGUCAUAUUCUAGCUCUGCUGAUCGACACUCUUGUACACACUGCCAAGAAAAAGAGGCUUUAUUUUCAAUUUUGAUAAGAGGUGGUCUCUUUUUACACGUCUUUCUUGUGAAUCCAGUUAUGAAUGACACAAUAGAGACAGGUUUCCAUCCUGUCACAACAAAAACGCUGCAGCGAGUCAUGAGCUGACUUCUGAGCUGGUGCUCUGAUUACAGGGGGGGAAGGAUCAGUCCUUUAAGUGAUUCAGAGUACAGCAGCGAAACCUAAGUGAAGUAAGCAGAAAAGACCUCUGUAUCACUUCUACCAAUGCAAACAAUCUCAGGCUGCAGAACACGGAGUCACCUUGACUUCUUGACGUAACACUCGAGUUUUUUUUUUUUUCUGACUACUGGUGUAUUUUUCGUAUCAUGGCAACUCAUCCCAAGUCAAAUAACGCAGCCUAAUCCUGCAUUGUCUCUGUGUUUUCAGACAGCAUGCCAGCUAUUUAAGAGCUAUCGCUUCUGUGUAAAGCAACCUGUGAUGUUUAGUUGACAACUUGGCUUCAAGUGGCCAUCAGAGCCACGCAACACUCAAGCCUCUGCACCACAGUAGUCUCUUUUCGCAUCAGGAUACACACCAAGACAGGUUCAUGUCUGUCUCUUCUCGACCUGCCAUGACAUAGCCGGGUUGCACCCGCCGCUCCACCACCACCACCACCACCCCCUUCCCUUCCCUAGUCCACCCCACCUUAGAAGAUAAAUACCUGGAGGUGAAAGCUUGCCGCACAUUCCUUUUCCCAAACAUAUUCUCUUGAUGUCAAAGUCGGCUCCAAGGCCCCAGGGCCCACAAGUAAAGUGGUAAUUCUAAGGUACCCUGCUUGGGCUUGCUGAAAUAUGCAUUAAACCUGCGCUGGAUACACUCAGAUGAGAGGGGGGAAAGUCUGUGCUGGGACAAAAUUUGAAUGUGAUAUAUGUUUUUGUUUAAGUGUUUAUUUAUACCACAUAAGAAACAUUAGCAUUAUUAUUCAAUCCUCAUUUUUUAUUGAUUAUUUCUAAACAGAAAACGUUGAUAUCUCAGUUAUAAUUCAAAAACAAGGGGCACUUAAUGUUUGUCUACAAUGACAAGAACUUUUGUUUUAAUAAAUGUUUGAGGUAGUGUCAAAAAAGAUCAAACUUCAUGCACUCUCUACUUCAAAAAGUCAUACAGUAAAUCAUCUCUGGUGGAACAUGCCCUGCCUUUGCUUUUGGGCCAUUUCCCAACACAGGAAAUGGUGGCAUGGUUCACCCAGCCCCACUGACACACAGAAACACCCGAGUGGAUCACCUGAUGACUCAUGAUGGUCAUAAAUGCAAAAAUACUUCUUAUGGGUGUAGAGAUGAUAAGAAUCAGAUUCAUUUUAUUCUGCAGACCACAAGAAAAUCCUCUGAUAGAUCAACAAAAAGUGACAGAUUCAGACUUUAAGUUGAACCCCACUUGAUGCUGGUUCAAACUGCAGAAAUCUUUUUCCAUUAUGGAGCUGAUGGAAAAGUCAUGGAAACAUCAGAGAUGCCAAGUUUCUUUCAAAGGAAGCUGAUAGACUACUGCUUAUAAAAAAAACCUGUAGGCCUGCAGGACUUGACUGAUGAAUAGCUGUACGUGGGUUUUUUCAUGUCCCAGCUCUGUUUGUUGAGACAAACCUAAAGUCUGAGCCAGUCUGGAGAUGUGGACUCAGGUUUCUGCUGGGAAUGAUGUGCUUCAGGGUAUAGGGACUGACAAGGGCCAAAGAGAGGUCAUUUGGUAAGAGGAGUGCCCUUAUUUACUGAUGGAUGUUGCAGAGACACUACAGGAGAUCGUGAUUUCCUCCAGAGUCAUUUUUGAACUUGCUCUUGCUCGCUCGCUUGGAUGUCUCAUUUAUGAUUAACUUCAUCAGUCUAGUCUGCAGAUAUUAGGCAAGAAAUGUCUUUAAGAGUAGCAUGACACAUGACUCUGACAUUCGCUUGGGGGGGAAAUAACAGCGGUUCACUCACCGGGUCAGCUGAUGGCGUACACACACCUUGACACCUGACAGACAACAUUAAAGAGUAAUAUAGAAGAUGAAAUCAGGCUUUAAAUUUCUAAAUAUAACCAAGGUAUUCAAGGUCAGCGUGUUUGCUGCAGUCGGGAGCCGUCAAAGAGGGGUCGUUGGACUGAGGAGAUCGUUGAGCUCUGAUGGAAAGCAGCCUGAGGCGAGUGUCAGGAGUUUUGGUAAUCUUGUUGUGAUCAGCGAUUAGUCCUUGAACAACAGUGAGCAGGUCAACCGGUAGUGAGUUAACUGAGCGGCAGGAGACAGCACACCUGCUCUGGCUCCGUCUUUGUGCAGGAGCUACAGUAACUGUUAUCAGGCUCAUAUCACUCAGGGGGAGGAUCAGCACAUUACUGCUGCCAGAGUUUGGUCUUUAAUAGACAGUUGAGGUGAAAUGAAGACUCCUCUGUCUUGCCAACAAGCUACUUUGUUGCUACUCUGCAGAGCAUCUGCCAAAGAUAAUAGGAACUCUGCUAUUAAACAAUCAAGUAGUCAAAAUAUUGAUUUUGGUGACACUUCAAUUAUAAGCUUUCAGCUCAGGUCAGCAGGUCAUGCAGCUGCAAAAAAUAAUAAUUUGAUUGUCUCAAUUAUACUAAUGCUCAUGUACUUUGAAAUACACCCCUUAAUGAACAAAUCAACCUGUCAACCGCCUUUGAGUAUAAUACCAGCAUGUCAGCUUUCAGAUGUCCAAAUGCAGACAUGAAACUUGGUCAGACAGGAAAAAUGCUUCUUGAAAUUAGCUAAAUUAUACUGUAAGCAAUGACAAAAAUAUAUGAGCAAUUCAGUGAUUAUUAGUUUAAGUCCUAAUUGAGAGGAUGUAGAAGACAGAAAGACAGAGAGAAAGCAAUAAAGGGGCAGAGAGAAAGAUGUAAUCAGUGGACCAAGUUUGCACUUGUUGUAUCCUCAAAGGAAAAGAGGGGGUUGGGUUGUGUGUUACACUUAAUACACUCUCUGAAGUCUGAAUGUCAGGUUAGCACUCUUAUUACCCUAAGCUGAAGGCCUGUUAAGUGUGAGGACAGUUAAUAAAAGGGUGCAGUUUUCCAAGUUGUCAGCUUAAGGUCUAUGAAGACCUCUGGAUGCACUGUGGACUUUCAUCUCAGACAGAAACAUGGCCUGCGUCUGUGUCAGCAGGGCUGCAAUUUCAAUACACACAAAGGCCAGGUGUCUGCAGAGAGGGUAGUUGAGGGGAUAAAGGGUGGACGCCUAAUGGUAGCACGGUACUGAUACUGCAAAUAAACACACAGUCAAACAUAGUCAGACAUGAAAUUACACAGCACCUGGAGAAGGAAAUUAGCCUCCCGACUGAAGUGAUGUUGAAUCAAUACUUGCACUGCACUGAUGUUUUUGACUCCCCCUCCUCUCCCCUUCCUUCCACACAGGUCACUAGCAGUGGGCCACCAGUACUCAUCCCUAGGAACUCAACCCAUCCUCUGUGGCAGCAUCCCGGGUUUGGUUCCCAAACAGCUGCGAUUCUGCCGGAACUACGUGGAGAUCAUGCCAAGCGUGGCAGAGGGGGUGAAGAUUGGUAUCCAAGAGUGCCAGCACCAAUUCAGAGGCCGACGCUGGAACUGCACCACAGUCAACGAUAACCUGGCCAUUUUUGGGCCGGUGUUGGAUAAAGGUAAUGUUAGGCAUCAGUGUCUGGGUUUAUCAAUCAACAAAUCAAUCCCACGCGUUAUCUUAUUACACUUGGCUUUUUAAAUAUAUCUUUAGGAGGGACUCAGAAAGCAAGCACUUGGUAGCAGUAGCAAGGAAAACUUCCUCCAACAGGCAGACACCUUGAGUAACACCUGAUUUAUUCCUAGCCAACCAUCUGCCAUCUGUAAUGAACUAGAGUAAAAGCUAUCUGUUGUAUAAAUCUCUUCCACACCUUCUUCCAAACAUGAGACAACCCAUUUUUGCAAAAAGAUAUUAAGAUCUUCAAACUACCUGCAGACACAAUCUGGGGGAAAUCAAAGCGAGUUAUUGUGUCUCAGUGCUGAUUAACUCUUCCAUUAACAAUUCUAUAUUCCCUCUGUGUGAUAUUUGCAUUUGAAAAGCUAAACUCCCUGCGUGCAUCAUUCAUUCUGCUCUUUCAAAUCCUUGUUCAAAUAGACUUUAGGCUGAAUAAGCUUUGAGCUGCCUGUAUGCAUGAAAUAAUGUGCACAAUCAAGACUGGUGAGUUCUGUCUGGCUGGAGUUUUCUUUACAAGGGAAUCCCCUGUGAUUGUUUUGCUGUACGAUCAUCUGAAGUGCUUUACACAAGUAUGUAAACUGAGUUUUUUCCAAAAUAUGUUUUCUCCCAUUCAUCUCUCUGAUGAUGUCCUACCACUUUCUGACGUAGGCUUGGUCAAAUCUAGUCUAAUCAUGGGCUCAAGCCGUAAAAAUUCCCAUUUCACAGUUUGAUGAACAAAUGAGGAAGUUUUAUUCGGAGUGGAAAUUACAUGAGUAUUUCCUGUGUGACAAAUAAGAGGCUGUAACUUCAUGAAGCUGUAGCCGAAAGGCCUGUAUCUUUGCAUAGGCCGCCAAACUGACAUGAGACAGUCUGGUCUAUGGAGAAUUUCCUGUUGGCGUCAUUAUGAAGCUACUCCCUGCUCUUGCUCUUACCCCCCUCAUCACAUAGCAGUGUUUGCCUAGCAGAAUGAAUGUAGCUGGAUAACUGGCUGUCACAUAAUUUAUGCUCUCUUAGAUAGUUUCAAGUUUCAAGGCCCCAGUUUUUAACAUCAGUAAUGCUGGCUAUUUUAUACAAUUGGAACUCAUUACUGAUAUCUAAAUCUGUCUAUGAUAGAGUAAGUUAUCAUGUUUUAGGGCACACCUGGUGCAUACUUGCCUGCUAGCUAAAUAUAAGCGUUAGCAGCCUCUUAGCAUACUGGUUCAACAAGGAUUCAUAGUUUAAGGUAGCAAAUUAUGCUAAUGAGUUUGAGAGGUGCUCCAGGCCAUCUAAAAGGAAAUUCUUUAGAGCUGCUGGUGGAACUGUUAGACAUAAAAUAAACUUUGAGAAAUUUGUUUAACGUCAUUUUCACCUGUCUGUUAGCUUGACAUGCAACUACAGCAAACAACCACUGCAACCAAAUGCUGAUGCUUUUAUCAAAGUUUGUUGGUGUUUUUUCUUUAAUUACAGCAACUUUGAGAAGAAUAACGGUUUUUACAAUCGAGAGCAAGGGGGUCAGGAGUCUAAACCUGUCACCUAGUUUACAGAAGAUUGAUGCAAGCACAGGGGGUCGGAGGUUGGUCGGGGCAAUUGCUUUUAAUAAACUCCUGAGCCAGUUGAUAGAAGAAGCUUGAGCUCAAGUAGGUGGCUAACGAUAGGGGUUCCCAGUCUAAGUCCUAUUGUGGUGCAAAAUGCCACCACAUCUCUCCCAUUGCCUCCCCUCCUAGCCCUAAAUUGAGAACUGAGUGGAAAGAGGAAGAAGCUACUGGGCUUUAGUGAAUCACUUUUGAUUGGAUUAAGGUCACUGAGGCCUUUAAUAAUGUGAGGGGUCAAAGUGGCUGGAUUAAGUGCCUUUGUCAGAGGUGACUCAGGGGCUCACAGGCCUUUGAUAUGGCUUAGUAGGAGAGGGCUUCCAUUUCAUUGGAUUUGAUUGAUGCUGGUGUUGUCUGCGCUACAGGGCCAUUGUCCACACUGGUAUCUGUCUGAGAUUCAGACUGUUGUGUGUCAGUUUCCUCUUGGUCUAAGAAGCAGAGAGAUACUUUUAGGGGCUUCAGAGGCUUUGUUGCUAUCAGUUAUCCCAUCACUGUUCAAGACACUCUCAUAGAAGUGCAAAGUUUUAAGAGAGUAAAAGAGAUGUACAAUUAAGAGGAAAAAGCAAUUCAGAGAAUAACGUUGAGACUGAUCUAAUAUUUAAAAAUCACUUACACUACCUACUUCCAGAAGCAUAAGUGCCAGUGCCCAAAUCAUCCAUAACUACUGCAACCACAAACAAGCAUUCAUACAUCUAAUUGUCAUGCAUACUCAUAUCCAACCUCAUCCACCUUCCGAGUUACUCCUGCCUUUUAAAAAACAUGUUUUUAUUUUAUGAGCAUGUUCUGUCUCCUUUAAACACUGCCUGAUCCUCUCUGUGUUUCUCCUUCACUCCACACCCCAAAUCACAUGCCCUACCUCUAGGCUACGUCUGCGUCAGCACUCAUUAAUUUACAUUAACUAAAGUGUCAAAACAUGCACUGCUGGAAUCUGCCUGUGAUGAAAGGUAAUAGAAAGCUGCGCAGGUGUUCUUAGUCCCCAGAGCCGAUCCCAGAGAGGUUUUGGCAUUCAUGGUAUUUACAGAACACCUACCUGAUAUAUGGGUAUAAUCAGGUACCAGUUUAUGAGUCAUAUGAUAGAAUUAGUGAGGGUAACUCAACCAAAGAAGGUGGACAGUCAAAAAUUCACAGGUGUUACCACCCGCACAGGUACAGACGUGCACCCUAUUCUCCAUGAAACCAUUAAAAUCUGAUGUGUCUCAUAGGAAGCUCCUAUUAUGUAAUGCAUGAAGCAUGAGGAAGAGAUUACUGUUGAGUUUCAUUCUGAUUUUCGGUCUCUCUUCCUUGUAGCUACCCUGCCUUGCCACACUCUACCAACCCAGUAAAUUAACCUCAAUCAUUAAGUCCUGUCUAAACUGACUCUGUAAAGGUCAGGGGAUGUGGGUUAUGACCUAUGACCUGAGGAUGAGAAAGUGUAACUAUUUAGGAUGAGCUAAGAGGUCUCUGCUUUUCAUGAGUCGUAUGUCUCUCCAUGCUGGGGGAGGGAAGCUGGCGCACCAGUAUAUCAUUAACUCUGGGCAAGAAAGAAAGAAGGGGUGUGGUAAAUGGAGUUGAUGGGGGGACCUUAGCCCCGCUCCCCGCUGGGCACUGCUCAGAGCACAAUAUCUUCGCAACCAUGAGAUUAAGCAGGAGAAAAAGUGCUUUUCCCCAUUCACACGCCCUUUAGAUUGUUUUAUUAAACCAUUUGAAUAGGGAUUUCCCCGUCUGCCGACAAGCGGGGUCCAGCCAAUGCAUAGUUCUCUGUUGCUAUGACUUAACUUGGUCCCCACUAAUCACUGGCCAGGGCAAAUUUCAUAUAAAAUAUCUCGGGCUAUUGUGGGACUAACACAGCGUGACAGUGGCAGCACAAUAGGAGAUUCAACCCCCCAGCAGGUUGUAGGGACCACUUGGUCUGCCUGGGUCUGGCAAGGUUUGGUGGAGAUGCAUUGUCGGAGUAGAAGUGUCCCAAAAUACCAUAAAUUGGCCAUAAAACUGAACAAAGCAGAGAAACUAAUGAUAGAGCUGGUGUUUCCAGGUAAAAUAAAUGUCGUUGAAGGUGAAUGAAGCAACGUGAAGAAAAGGGAAGUAUCGCCAUUGUAGACUGAGGUGAAAAUAGGUUUAAUUUUCUUAUUUAAUAAAACAGAGUUUCGUAACACACCAAGAAGUUCUCAAGACCUUCCAAGAAGGCCUUCUGUUGGCUUUUUGAUACAUGAGGUCAAGACCUAGGCAUCCAGUGCUUAAACCUGAUGUAGUUAUAUUGAAAUAUAAAGGCAGCGAGAGCAGUUUCUGAAUAAUGCUCACAAUGAUCACUUGAUGUUUUGAACUACGUGUUUUCUCCUUAGACAUGGUGGCACUUAAGAGUGUAUGGCUGUCACAAGAGGUCUGUCACCUCAGAAACUACUUAACCCCCAGAGACACUAGGACAUAUUAAAUUUGCCCCAAUCCCUCUCCUUUGCUCAUUUUAUCCCAAGAUAAUCCUCUUUUCCUCUCCCAUUUGAACUCCUCCACCCCCUUAAGCUCUGCAGCAUCAUUGCCAGUCAUCCAUAAGAUCGCUAUUCCAAAGGAGUUCCCCAGGGUACUGCUUUAGGCUCAAUUUUUUUGUCACAAUUUUCAUACAAAAUAAUUAGGACUCUGCCUCACACCAAAUAAAGUUCAUCUUCUAUGCUGAUGAUACCAUCUCAUAUAGCUGUGUUCAAAUUGUUUAAAUUAGGUUUUUAUGAGGAACUUUAGCAAACUCUCUAUUUGUUCUACAUCAUAUUUUACUGUAAAUAUUUAUAAAUUUUGUGAUCUACAUAUUACAUGCUUGAACUGAUAUGACCGCAAAGAAAUGAAUGCACACUUAUGUAAAGAAAUCAUUAAUGGAUGCAGCGAGCGAGACUCAAGGAAAGACAGCAGUUACAUUGUGAACAUCGGUAACCUUGUGUGUAAUAGCACUGUGAAGUGGGUGGUGGAGGAUGCCAGCAGACCUUUUCUCUUGCAUCAUUGUUCCUAAUGCCCUUUAGUCCUCAAACUGGUUGGAACCUGCUGUAAGGGAGGAGCUCCAACUCUCUUUAGCUUUAUACUCCUGCCUUUUUUCUUUUCUUUCUUUCCCUCUGUCGUUCUUGUUCCCUUGACAGUAGCAUGUGCUCCCUCUUUAUCUGUCUAUCUAUACACACAAGUGCACCAACACAAUCCCAAAUUUCAUGAUUGAUCUUUGAUGCUUUCUUUUCCUUUCUUUCCGCCUUGUUUGUUCAUUUCGUUUUACACCUGGUGUUCCACAUUUUUUUAUCAUGCUCCCUCUGUCUCUUUUCUUCUGAUUGUGCAAGACCGUACAAGUACAUAUAUUCAAGGCAGCUUCCCUGUCAUAAUGAAUCCUGUUAAAGCAGGGUACACUGAAUUGAACCAUAUGCCCCGGUGAUAUGCCUGUAACUGUGAGUUGGAGUUCAGGAUUGCAUAUCUGAACACUACAGCCCCACUUCAAUGCUGUUUCCAUGAUUUGUCCCUGCAGUGUGAGGCUGUUUCCUAACCUUUCAAAAGCUUAAUUGAGUCUCUUAAUUAUAGGCCUGUCAGGACCGUCUCUUCCUCUCAUCUCUUUGGAAGAUCCUGAUCCCUCUGAGUCAUCAGUAAGCUAUGUCAGACAGAGGCAUAGAGACCUCGCUGGCCUGAUUCAGAGACAGGACAAUUGAUGUCUCAGCUAAGAAGACACUAGCGCACCUCAGUAGCUGUAUGACCUAAACACAUGCAGCUAACAAUAAUAAUAGCUUCUCCAGUGUGUAGUUUGUUUGAUGUUGUCUUGUGGGAUUUGGUUGAAUUACUUAUGUAAUCAUACAAGACUGAACACAAGCAGAAACCCACAACAAGCGGUGACCUACAUUCUCUCACGUUAUAGCUUCAAGUUUUUUUAUGAAUAAAAUCUGAGAAAUAAGCAUCAAACACUUGUUACUCAUGUGACAUUAGGUUACUGUUGAAUUCAGCAGAUAUAUGCUGCGUCAGAGUAGUUUUUCCAAAGAUCAGUGUUUUACAGAUUUGUGAACUUGUCUUUCCAGCCACUCGAGAGUCGGCAUUCGUCCACGCUAUCGCCUCUGCGGGAGUGGCAUUUGCGGUGACCCGUGCCUGCGCUGAGGGCUCAGCCACCAUCUGCGGAUGUGACACACGCCACAAGGGCCCCCCAGGAGAGGGAUGGAAGUGGGGUGGCUGCAGUGAGGAUGUGGAGUUCGGGAGCAUGGUGUCCCGAGAGUUUGCUGAUGCAAGGGAGAAUCGCCCCGAUGCACGCUCAGCCAUGAACCGCCACAACAAUGAGGCUGGAAGAAUGGUGAGUUCCUUUGAAAAAAAUUGCUUCUUGUACUGGUGCACUUUUUGUUUACUCAUGUAUGUUAAUAAAGUUAUGUUUGCCCCCUAGUCCCUCAAUGACAACAUGUUCCUGAAGUGUAAGUGCCAUGGUCUCUCGGGGAGCUGCGAGGUCAAGACAUGCUGGUGGUCCCAACCAGACUUCCGAGUUAUUGGCGACUACAUGAAGGAUAAGUAUGACAGCGCAUCGGAGAUGGUGGUGGAGAAACAUAAAGAGUCCCGAGGAUGGGUGGAGACCCUGAGACCCAAGUACAACUACUUCAAACCCCCAACAGAGCGCGACCUCGUUUAUUACGAAAGCUCACCCAAUUUUUGUGACCCCAAUCCUGAGACUGGCUCAUUUGGCACCCGCGAUCGAAUCUGCAACCUGACGUCCCACGGCAUAGAUGGGUGUGACCUUCUCUGCUGCGGCAGAGGUCACAACACCAGGACUGAGAAGAGAAAGGAGAAGUGUCACUGUAUUUUCCACUGGUGCUGCUACGUCAGCUGUCAGGAAUGUGUGAGAGUCUACGAUGUGCACACCUGCAAAUAAGGACAUCUGGUUCUCGUCGAUGCCCACCAAAACUCAAAGACUUUAGUGGGUAGUUGAACAAAUGCAGCAACUUAUAACAAGACAUGAGACACUGUGAAGCAGUCUGACCUAUCUAUGGACUCUAGUGGCAGACUGAGCGGGUGUUUUGUGCUGUAAUCCGAGAAAAGUCAACUGAAGCAGUUGGUGAGACAACGACAUCACAGCGCAUCAUUCAGAAAGACCCUGGUGAUCCCAGAACGAUGUAGAUAUGUCUAGAGAUGGUGAAAGAGUUUUCAUGUACUGACGUAGCAAAGGAAAACUGUUGGCUGAUUGACAAACACCAUAUUGGUGAUUUUUAAACAUUUUUUCUUGUGUUCCUGGUAGUUCCUUUUGUUGAGAAUAGUAAAGCACUGCUUGUGUAUCAUCUGUAUGGGGGCAAACAAUGUAAAAACUUACAUCUUUGGCAUUUUAUCAUCAUGUUUUUGCCAGAAAAAUCUAAUAAGGGAUUAAUAUGACACUCAAAAGCAUGCAUUCUUCUCAUCAUUAUUAGUUUGUAUGUGUGUAUCUGGAAACUAACAUCCUCAUUGUGUGAAUGAUUUUUUUUUAUAUAGUGUUGAUAGGUAACUGAUGUUUGGGUAAGAAUGCACUUGCACCUGAGUGAAUGUAGUUUUUAUGCUGCAACUUGUUUACGAAUUCUCACAGUCUUAAGCUAACAAGUUAAUAUCUGCUUUACGUGACUAACUUUAUAUAUAAAGAGUAGACAUGAGCCACAUCAAGUGAUCAUCUGCAAAACAAGAAUACACAGUCUGCACGUUUCCAGAAGCGCAACAUCAAGAGUCACGACCAAAGACAAGAAAAGUCAAUCUGUGGUGGUCAGAGAGCUGCAAUCGAAUCGAAAGGUCAGCACUUGUGCCCUGUUGAGAAAUAUGAAGCAUGUUCUCCUUGUUUUUAUCAGUAUUAACAUGUGGCUGGGUGUGGGAGAAGCUGUUAUUUAUAAAAGGGAUAUUCCCACUUUGUUUUUGCUGCAUUUGCAUACUUAUUUUAUUUCAAAUUUGUGGAACUAGAAAUAAAUUUUGAAUUCCAGGUGAACAUUAACUUAAUCUGCAGACAAACCGCAAACUAAGCUGCACCACAUAAGCUCUGUAUAACGCAUUAUACUUUGCAGAUGAGUUAAGCAGUGAUGUGCAGGUGGUGAUUCUCAGCUGUGGCCUCUUGUGCUAACUAAACUUAACAACAAGCAGCAUCACUGAAACUAUCAAUUCUUCUCUUAUUGUAAUGCUGCUAAGUAAAGAUAAUAUUUGUGUGAGUGUGUGUUUAAGGUCUUACAUACAAUAUGUCUUUGCAGACGUGUUUUUUUUUUAUGUAUAUUCUUGCAUGUUCUGAUUCUUUCUGUGAAAGAAAUUUAUUCUAUAUAGUCUGGAAAAGAAAAUGUGAAGUUUCAACUAAUUCUUGCAAACAGUUAUUCUCAUUUUAACCAAAUAGACCAAACUAGACUUCUUGUUAUCUUAGCUAUGGUUUUGUAGUGUGCUAAAGAUCAGGGCAAAAUUAUUCAUGAUGUUCUCCAUUAGCUCGACAAAAGUAAAACACUUCAUUGUUUAUUUGGAAAAUGAAAUUCUACUGCCCAGAUAGGUGACAUACAUUUAUGAAAAAGAGUGCAUUUCAUUUCAGUGAUUGACUUAAAUAUAGAAACGCAUGUAAAGUCACUGUUGAAUUAUUGUUCACAGUUUAUGUAAUGAGAUCUGUCAAACCUGCACAACUGUGAGAUUUUUAUCAUAGUUGCCUAUCAACGACAAUUUUUUAUCCUGAUUUAAGUAAAAACAACAAGCAGGUCAUUCACCAUUUUUACAUUGGGAGACAUCAUUUAUAAAGUACACAGCGGCCAUUUUCAGUACAAGAGUUGUUAUCUUGCAUUUAUUACUGUACACUUUAUAUGUGAUUGAUUGCUUGUGUGAACACUUUGCCUUUGGUCUAAUUCUUCGUUAAGUCUUUAAAUCCAAAGUUUUGUACAGAGUAGUUUUUUGUGUUUUUAUGGAUCUCUAAAAUUUGAUGUUUUUUAUAAUUAUUUAUUUCAUGCCUUGUAAAUAGUAGUAAGUGAAAGUAUAUAUUUGCAGAAAUACAUUUUUUUAAACAGUGUUGUGAUUUGUAACACUGUAGCCCUUUUACCUCAUCUCUGUUUUUUAACUGACUGCACACGGGCUCCAUUUGUCCUUCUGCCUGCUGUAGAUUUCUAAAGUUAACUCUGUAACACCAAAAUAAAGCAAAAUAAACAACCAUACUUUU